UAACGCCCCACUGUCAGACAAGACAACCAUGGCCACCAACAAUGAGGCGUCUAGACAUUCGGAUUUCUACAUAUCAACGGUCAUCUUCCUGGUGGAAGACUCCUUGUUUAGAGUUCCCAGAGAACCAUUUCAACAAGAGUCAGAUCUAUUUUGCGAUAUGUUUUCCUUGCCACAGGGUGACGGAAUUGUCAUGGAGGGAUCAAGCGACGAAAUUCCCAUUCAACUCCAUGGAACUAGCAAGGACGAUUUCGAGCAAUUGCUGAAGGCUCUUCUUCACAGAAAGUAUGGUUCACAGCCUGAUUUGCCACAAAAUAUCGAGCAGUGGACAUCUGUCCUCAAGCUGUCUACGGCUUGGAGUUUUGAGAAGUUACGCCAAGCGUCCAUCGACGCACUGAUAGAAAGUGGGAUUGGCGCGGUGGAUAGAGUUGUUCUUUCCCAGCAAUACGACAUCAAGGGCUGGCUAUUGCCCGCUUUAAACGAGUUGGCCAAGCGACCAGAACCAAUAACUUUAGAGGAAGCAAAUCAGAUGGGCAUUGACAUUGCGCUCAAACUGGCUUCCGUACGAGAAAGAGUUACCGUGGAAACCAACUGCAGCAACUCCCAAACCAACUGCAGCACUUCCCGGGUCCACAUAGCUAGUGCUAGGUCCUACCUCGUCCCUGAACGCAACGACAACAACGGCGUUGCUGUCGGUAGUUGUAGAGACCCCAGAAUGCAGAACUGCGACUUUUCUGAUCAGAUUCGCUCCACGUUCUCCACAUUCGAUUUGUAGACCAAAUUUACAAUGCUUACGUGGCAUGUAGACGAGUCGCUCGUCCUAGACAGAUUGCAGCAGAUUUGAAAGAAAGUAGCGUUGCCUAUUCUACGUAGCUGUCAUUCCACAAGCACGUCGACAGGCUUCUCGAAAGAUGGCCACCCAGCUACGUCGCUUCCCAAG